UGUCGCUUGGGAUGAAAAAUUUUUCUAAUUAUUUUGUUUUAGAAAACAUAAAUAGUUGAAAUCUUCACCAGCUUCAUCUUAGUGUUUGGUUCCACCCAAGGGAUUCUUUCUCAAAGGUCCUUUCUUCCAUCCUUCAGAAAACACGCAAAUCCCGAAUAAAAAUUGCUUGAACUCUUCGUAGUGAACGUCAACACUCUAAAGUACAGAAUUUUCAUCACCCUUUUCUUCUUUCUGUGCCACCCUUUUACAAGAUACCAUGCAUUCAUCAACUUUUGGUGUUAAAGGAGCUACUUUGGGGGUUCCAAAACGAAGGGCGUUGGUGGAUUUUGUGGACUUCAGAAAUGGGAGUGUUUUGAGACGUAGCACAGUGUCCAUGGCAAAGAAUAACACCGAUCUUUGCGGGUUGAGACUUGGUUCUGCCACUAUGGAAACUAAGCUAAUUAGUACCAGUGUUGGUUUUGGUGGCGUUUUUGGGUCGUCCGUUAAGCCCAGAUCAGUGAGGGUUAUGGCUUCUGAUGGAAACAUUGAGGAUGUUGUACCAACUACCCUUCAAAGCAGAUCUUCUGGAACUGUGCUACCAUAUGUUGGUGUUGCUUGCCUUGGAGCCAUUUUAUUUGGCUACCAUCUUGGGGUGGUAAAUGGUGCUCUUGAAUAUCUUGCAAAGGAUCUAGGAAUAACUGAAAAUACUGUUCUACAAGGCUGGAUUGUCAGCACACUUCUCGCUGGUGCCACCGUCGGUUCAUUUACUGGCGGAUCAUUGGCUGACAAAUUUGGAAGAACUAGGACUUUUCAAUUAGCUGCAAUCCCCCUAGCAAUUGGAGCAUUUCUUAGUGCUACAGCCCAGAGUGUUCAGCCAAUGAUCAUUGGUCGGUUACUUGCUGGUGUAGGAAUUGGUGUUACAUCUGCUAUAGUACCAUUAUACAUAUCUGAGAUUUCACCAACUGAAGUCCGUGGUGCACUAGGUUCUGUUAAUCAACUUUUUAUAUGUAUUGGGAUUCUUCUGGCACUGGUAGCUGGGUUGCCUUUGGCUGGAAACCCUUUAUGGUGGCGGACAAUGUUUGGCAUUGCAGUAGUUCCAUCUGUUCUGUUAGCACUAGGAAUGGCAAUUUCUCCAGAAAGUCCACGCUGGCUUUUUCAGCAAGGAAAACUCGCAGAAGCUGAAAAGGCUAUUAAAACACUUUAUGGAAAAGAAAGAGUUGCUACAGUUAUGCUUGACUUAUCAACAGCUAGUCAAGGUUCAUCUGAACCUGAAGCUGGGUGGUUUGAUCUGUUUAGUAGCCGAUAUUGGAAAGUUGUCAGUGUUGGGGCAGCGCUUUUUUUGUUCCAGCAAUUGGCUGGAAUAAAUGCCGUAGUGUAUUAUUCAACUUCUGUUUUCCGUAGUGCUGGAAUUGCGUCUGAUGUUGCAGCGAGUGCCUUGGUUGGUGCAUCAAAUGUUUUUGGAACUGCUAUCGCUUCCUCCUUAAUGGACAAACAAGGAAGGAAAAGUCUCCUUAUCAUAAGCUUUAGUGGGAUGGUAAUAAUUACUUUUAUCGCACAUCUGUUUUGGACACAAAGCUAAAAACUGUUAGAUAUUACAUGAUACAUU